GACCACUUUUUGGGGGCGUCGAUAUGCAGUGCUCUUGGUAUUAUGAAGCUUAUUGCGAAUAUUAUUGGUAGAAGUGGGAAGUCAUGCGUUUUUGACUGGAAGAGAACUAUUUACCCUGUAACACCAAUCUUGAAUCUUUUAGUGGAAAACUUCGUUUGCUUUUAUUUUCGUCUCUUGUUUUUCUUCUUUCUGUCUUUUGCAUCCUAAUUAAGUCUUGACCUCGUGCCUCAUGCUAGGUGAGUCAAUCAAUCAAUCAAUACCCCGAGAAGGAAAAGGAGAGAAGAUGAAAAAGAAGAAGAAGAAGAUGAAGAACUAAUAGUUCUCCCACACCAACCUCUUGUCAGGCAUAUCAAUCAAUCAAUCAAUCAGUGAAUCGAUCUACAUCGCCGUGCCCUUCAUCCACUUCCCCAUCAAAGAAGAUCCUAAGUAAUAUCCUAUUCCCUAAGUAAGUUGCUCGCUCUAAGACUGUCGUGCUGUGCAGUCUUGCAGUGCCAAGCAACUCAUUGGGAGCCCCCUCCUCCGACUCAAUGGAUGAACUACCCUGCGGUACAACGUCGAAGCGCAGACGUUGCGGGACGUGGUGAACUGCAACAAGAUGCCGGAAAUGUAUUUAUCUUCUGGUUUUUUCUUUCUUACCUACAACUGCAGGUCGCUUUUCUUUCUUACUGUAAGGUCGCUAAUUGUUCUUACUGUAAGAAUCUUACAACUGCAGGUCGCUUUUCUUUCUGGCCAUCCAGAUGAGGGGCCAGAUUUGUUCUUAAACCAUUAUGGUGCACGCGAGCUGCGAGAGAAUGCGGUGGCGAAUGGCGCCCCACUUCGUGACCUUCUGAGACCUGACAGGAGCAUUAAGUGUAGGUUAAAGGUGUUCCCGUUACCGUUCGUUUUGCCUUUCUGAAGGGGGAAAGGCAUCACGAACGGCGUAAAUGAACACCAAAAGCCUAUCUCUAAGAAUAGGACACCAUUGCAGCAGCAGAAUUUUCUUCGUCGUGUGUUAAGGCUAGUGAAGUAGUAGUAGUAAGCUAAGCACAACCACAAGUAGGCUCUAUUUCUUUAUUUUUAUCGUCUUCAAGCUCAAGCACAACAGCCAUUCCAAUGAUGAAGCAAGAGACAAUUUUUAUUGAUGCGUGGUCGUGUGGCUCUACUACUUCCUCGUGGCUGUAUGGUUCUGGUAUUUGGUAACCUGAAUUUGAUCCUAAGGGUUCUCUUCUUGUUUUCCCUUAGGAUCAAACUCAGGCUACCAAAUACCAGAACCAUUCAGUGGCAGCACACGAAUGAAUCCUUUAACGAAUGAAUCAAAUCAAAGCUUGACGAGUGCCUCCAUGGUGCCUGGUGCGGGCUUUCUGGUCACCGGAGUUCAUCUCUUACCAGUUAUUGUUAAGGGUAGGUUAAAGGUGCUUUUGAUGUUACCGUUUGUUAUAGCUCUUGUUCUAAGGGGGGGACGGGGAGGGGGACAGCCAUGAUAACAAGCGGGAGAACCCACGAACACCAAAAGCCUACCUCUAAUGUUGCUGCACCCACUGCGCCAGUUCCGGUUCCCACUACAUUCACGCCAGUCAUUGCUACAUCCACAUCCACUUCGCCAGUUCCCACCACUUCACCAGUUCCCACCACUUCGCCAGUUCAUCUACACGCGCUACAUCCUCCUGAUUUUGUUUCCGCCUCAGCUUGUUGUAACGCUGGUUCGAUAUUUCAAUUUCUGCCUUUAGUCGAGCACAGUCGUGGGUCAUAUACUAUGAUGCCCGACCACAGCACCAUGGGCUGCAUGGCCGAGAACAUGAUGACCGUACCUCCAUUUGUUCCAUACCUAGUAGAACAAGAUGCACCAGCACGACGAGGACCAGCAAGUGCAACUACUAAAAUUAAGGCUACAGAAGUAAAUGCAUCUUCCCUGGCAUCUUGGUCUCGUUUCUCAAGGGAUGAAAACGGGAACCAGGAUGCUCACCAAGAUGGAUUUAUGCUAGGUCUAAUAAAAGUGUAAGUGAUAUGUUCUUGCCACUGAGACCUACACCAGCUACAAGUACAACGAUGCCUUCUGGUGCCUCUCAUCCCGAGGAUCGUGUUGAACAACUGAAAGCACAGUUGGGAAUUGGUGAGAUGCAACAGAAAACGAUCGACCGCAUAGUAGCUUUCCAACAACAUUGUGAAGAUUUGGUGCAUGUUAAGGCUCGUAGUCGUGAGAACAAUUAUUUCCCUUGUUGACCUCAAGUUCAACCCUUUCCCAUAGAAACAAAAGGUUAAAAAAUAAAAAGAAAGGGAAGUCGUGCAACAAUUAAGUCCGGCGAACAACCUCUUGCUAGGUAAAUGAAUGAAUGAAUGAACCCGCCGCGUGCUUGAUGCCAUGUGAACUAAUAUGCUGAGAGUAGAAUUCGCGGGGACUUUCAACUUCAAGCGACAGUUGUUGAUGUAGAAAGGGAGUCUGCUCAACCACAGAUGAUUCUCGCCUAGUACAACCUUUAAUUAUGGCGGUCCCAAUAGUCGUGGAGGAGGUAGCAAUUAUCAUCCGGUGAGACAAUCUGUCGCUUCUCGUGGUAGCUGCAAUGAUCCAGCGAAAUCCUACGACCAACAUCCAGCAGGUAUCGCUUCUCGUGGUAGCUGCAAUGAUCCAGCGAAAUCCUACGACCUCCACCAUCGUGAUCAACAGCUGAGUGCAGAGGAAAACACAUCCAGGCGAGGACAGAAAACAGUGGACCACACAAUAAGCCAGCUACGACGCCUCGACUUUCUUGCAGCACAUCAGAACAACUACAACGAGGAAAGACGAACAGGAGGGACCUCCGCUAGUAGCGGAAGCAAGGAUCCACCCAAUCAUGUUGGGUGCCCUAGUGUUCACUUGCCGACUCCUUUUAAGGCGAGUGCACUAGAGAAACCAUUUAUUCAAUGAGUAAUAAUAUCUUGAGACUUCUACUAGAAGUACUUACGUCGGGUGGCCAGGACCGCUGAAUGUUCACGUCAACUCGAAAACUGAAAAUACGGGAGUAGCUGACUGAAAUAUCCGAGUUGUAUCUGAGAAGAUUAUAACUAGGCUAAUUUUAGUAAAAAAAAUUUUCUAAUCUCCUCGAUAAGGAUGUGAAUACAUCUCCUUCCGCUCCGGCGACUGCAAGGUCUCCAAAGUCGCGGACCCGAAAGCGAAAGAUGGGGCGGAGGCCCGAUCCUCAGGAGAAAAAUUUGAAAUACAAGGUAAAAGGGGGCAAGAUCAUGAGGUGGGGACGACCGAGAUGCAUUCUAGCACGACACGCUAAAAUAUGUCAAGAAAAACAUCGAGAUCGAGAAGGAAUUAGAUCAGGAGCACGCGAGACCGCUGAAACAGCGCAAGAGUUUGCUGCGCCAGCACUAGAAGAGGGGCCUGCACUAGAGGGUGAAGCAGAUGAGCAGAAGAAAAAGCUGACUUCUGAGGUAAGAACGGAACCAGCAGCACAUCAGUCGCCAUCUCCGGUGCGCUGUGGUCAGCAUCAGGGACGUCGAGAGGCACAACAAGUGUUUGGUCAAGAAGAGCGAGAACAGCUCGCCGCAGCAGAAGGAGCACCACUCGUGGGACGAGGUCCCGCACAAGAACAGCUCGCCACACAGCUCGCCACAGCAGGAGGAACGACGAGACCUUGUGCAGCUUCUACACGAGGUCCAGCACACAAAGAGACUUUAAGGCUUCCCGUAAUUCAUUUUAGGGACGAAACAGUUUCAGGAUGAAUCUUAAGAUAGAAGAUUUGCGUGAGUCUGAGUUCUAAUAACAAUUGCUAAACAACAAGAUGAAGAUCGUCCUGUGAAUGAAGAUCGCGCUUUGCUGGGAACAGCAAUGAGACAAACUUUGGGAGGAGGCAGUAGCGACAACGAAUCUCUUUUAGAACGGUUUUUCGCGCUUGGCGUCCGCGGUAUCCUGCCAGCAAACGCUGGUGAUUUGGACGACGCCACUCUGGCUGAUCUGUUUCGCCGCAUCUUUAAUUCCGCUCCCGGCUCCCUGAUUGCCGCUUUUAAUCGUGGGGAAGAGAUCGUUGGCGUGGAUUCCGCUGUAGUUAAGGCUUCUACCGCUGAACAAGCAUGUCCUUAAGACCUCAUCACCUCCAGGACACUUUUCCAAGUUGAAAAAGAUGGACGAGAUGAAGCUCUACUUCUAACACUGGAGGCGUAAAUACUAACACCACCACUGGCGCGAUUGGAGGAGGGGCUGUCACCACCGCUGGCGCGAUUGGAGGAGGGGCUGUCGUAUCAGAUCCCGAAGCACCUACCUGCGCCUUGCGCGAUCUUCUGUUAAGGCUCCUUCAUGAUCAUCUGAAAUAUUACUUACCAUCUAUUAACUAAAAGUACUUAAAAAGUAUCCACCUCUUGGUCCAAGGAAGGGUUAUUUAUACUUAUACAUAGAUAGGAGUAAUUCUUGACUAGUAGUAAGUUGCUGUACCAAGAUACCUGAACAGCAGUAUCUUGAAGAUCUUGGAAGGAUUCAUCUUUUGAAGGGGGAAAUGUUGAAGCAUCUUCUUGUUCUCACCUUGGAAGACACCAAGAACAAGAAGAUGCUUCCCAGGUGAGGAGGACGAAUCCAUGUGGAUGAGAUCUAACUCUUGGCACAGUGCUGCAGAAACGUGCCCGUGAGCUGGCGGUUGAGACCUACACCGCGCCGAGAGAGACGCCCCGCAUUCGGGACAUGAACGCAAAGGUGGCCAGUCAGAUCAUGACUGAUAAGCUUCGCGCAGCGUUAAGGGCAGCUUUUGUUCAUUCCCAUCUUUCUGGGAACCUCUUGGAUGCCUUUUGCGUUGAAUAAAUAUGUAUUUUCAUGAAAUUAUACAAGGGGAAAGAGGUCGGGGUUGGGAGUUGGUAUAAACAAAAGCUGACUCCUCGUCUAACACCGGGGUACAAAUUGGGAGAGCUUGUAGAGCAUCCGUGUAGGCCUAGGUGGAGGGACCCGAGGCAGCAUGUGCUGCACCAACAUGAUACCUUGCUGCGUGAGGCGCCUCAGUUGCUGGAGAAGCUACCCCAAUUUUCGUUAAGGCUUUCAGUAUUUUUGGCGCAUGGGCAUUUGCGUCUGCCUCUAUGUACUUACUAUGUAUUUCUUCAGGUUCUUUGAAAAAUUGAAUUUGCAUGCAGGAUGAGGAGCUAAAGCUGUGGACCCAUCUUCUAAUGAAAUGGUUUCAAGUUUUGACGUGUGCCACCUAAUUAAAGAACUUAUACCCCAUGAGUGGGCACAUCUAUCUAUCUAUCUAUCUAUCUACUAUUAUAAUAUAUAAUAAUCGCCCACCACGGACGACACUAACACUAUUAUAAUCUUCGCUUAAAAACUUGAAGAACAAAGUAGCAUGGAAAACGAAAACUUUUUAAGCACGUUUAUUUUUCGUUCCUCUAAAAACUCCCCGGAAAGAUAUCGACUUAGAAGCCCUGAGCAGCAGUUGCCAUAAGGAUGUGGAACAACAUUUUGAAGAAGAAUGUCAAGAAAAUCCUCCAGAUGUUUUCUGUCCUAAAAAUACAAAGAGUACUUCAUCUACUACGGGAGGACUGGCGCCAAGAACACGCGGGCGAGUGGACAGCCGGAACGACCGGAAGUCAACCUCCAAAUUAAGGCUCAACUUUCAAUGGUCACCAUGUAGAUUGCCAAAUAAAUGAGAUCGAAGAGGCGACCCCUUGAGAGAACAGGACGAGAAACGAAGGGAAACAAGGGGAGAGCUUUGCUUUGAAGGGGGUCUCUUCCGUUCCGAGUCAGUGACCGUUGCUUUAAUGGAAGAACUGCGCGUGUACAGAGAGCCCGCUGCUUGCGCGAGGACGAAAGCGAUGCAGGUAGCCUUGAAUUAAGGCUCAAUGCAAUUCAUUUCUACAACAACACGUUAGCCAGAAGUUAAGUACUUCUGCCUAUAAUAAUAAUUGUUCCUUUGAUGUUUCUUCGGAUAUAUAUAUCAUGUACCAGGGAGGGAGGCCCCCCCCUGUUAAUUCGGCGGGAGAAACGCAGGCAAGAUCAAGAACUUCUUGAGCUUGAUUUUUUUGAGCUCUAAUUGAAGCACGAAGCGACUCCAUCUCCGAAUAGUGCGGAAAAGUGCGCACGUGUAUCGAAGAUCUCCUCGUCUCAGGAAGUGCUGGGAUUGGAGAAGGACUGGACUGAGGAUUUUCUUCCUGCAAUUACGGGCACCGGCGCCAGUCCAUCUUUUACAGCAUCUUGAUAAAUCUUUUUAUUUAACAGCUGGGAAAUCUUAGGCAGCUCGCCGAAUAGAUUCAAUUCAUCAAAUCAUUGAGUUUACACCUUACUAUAAUCGCCAAUACUAAUGGUUGUUCCUUAACAGCCGCCGUUUCCUACUUGAAAAAAGUUAAAAGAGGUUCAAAAAGACGGGCGAGGAGAAGGAUCUUCAACCUCUAAUGCAAGUGCUGGUAGGAGAGAACGGAGCGCGGCACACCACAUAGGACAGUUCGACGAACAGAACCCCCCACGUGAAUCCGCCAUGGCUAUAGAGUUAAGACUUAAAAGUAGUAGACGCCCGCUAGUCCACCUCGUCGAUUCUGUGGAUCCCUCAAGUACAUUUAGACUUUUACAUCUCGUAGGUCUAAAAAUAGAGGAGCCGCAACAACAGGAGCAAGGUCAGUCCGUUCAAUGGAGCAGAUCGUCGAUGACCCAUGCAGGAGUACUAGGUGGUGGAUCAUGUGAACGUCCUGGUCGAGGCUCUGGAAGUGGAGGAGAAGGAUCUGGACGAGGAGGAGGAGUUGCAUGUCAACAACAACAACGAGGAGGAGGAGUUGCAUGUCAACAACAACAACAGCAACAACAGCUAGGAAGUCGAGAUCAGAGUCAUGAUCUGGUUGAUCCUCGACAUGCUUUUGAUGUGGUGGAUAUCGAUGCGUUGAUGUCGAAAAGUGCUGGACCACAUCAGCUCAAAACUUGCAAAGUAAAAACAUCUUCUCAAACUACAGCCAGAACUGUAUACACGGCGUCCGCGGUUCAACACAAGCAGCAUAGUACUGCAAAGUGGGAAGAUGGAGACCUGCUUUUUGUUCAUCCUAUGGCUCAAGGAGGAUGA